AUGCAUGUGUAUGAGAUGGAUAGUAAUACUAAAUAGUAUAAUAAGACUAAGGAAAUUGCUAUAAAUUUUGGUUCAUGUUUUGAUAUUUGUUUAUUUCCAUAAUAAUACCUAAAGUCAAAAGGGCUUCUAGUGAAUAAGAAUGGCAAUUAUGUUAACUUAAUGAGGAAGAAAGAAAAUGAUGACUUAAUAGUUUGA